CUUUGCGACAGCAAGCCAGUGCAGACCAUUUUUGAAUUAGUUCUGACGUUAAUUCUUCAUAAAAGGCGAGAAAAUGUUCAAAUUGGUGGCACUUUUUCUUCUUGUUACUGCCGUUGCAGGCAAAGUGUCCGAAAAGCCAGGCAUCUUGGACGCCGUUGCUGGCACCGAAAUUCACUUGACGCCAACUCUACAUGCAACAUCGAUAAUACACGAACCAACUUUGGCUAAGGUGGGCGACUUGGUGCAAAGCGUGCCCACAGCUGUAUCUCAUCAGAGCUCCACUAUAGUGCAUGACCGCGCCAAUGUUGUAACACCCAUUGUGACACCAGCUGUGAAGACACACGUCACACCAGUUAUCAGUUCGUACGUGUCACCGUUAGUCCAUUCAUAUCCCGGCAUCUAUCCAUACACCUACUACUAUGACUCCUAUCCGUAUGCCUACAAGAGCAUCUACUAAACUUUGAAUGAUUGCAGAAAAUACGAAACCAAACUGACUUCUUGAGAAUAAUGGAA